UCUCGCACCUGGUGAUCAUGCACGAGGAGGGCGAGGUGGACGGCAAAGCCAUCCCUGACCUCACCGCGCCGGUGGCCGCGGUGCAGGCGGCCGUCAGCAACCUUGUCCGGGGAGAUUUUCACCUGGCUUUACCUGCUGUCAAAUAUUCCUCCCACCGGGGUCAUUCCAGACUCACCCCCCUUCAGCUCCUCCUCCUGGCAGGAAGCAGGAUGGAGCCCUGGGAGAGGCCUGUGGAAUUUGGGAUCUGCAGCCCCUGCAGGAGAUCAGGAAGGGGUGCCCCCCCCAACCCACAGCUUUGGAGGGGUGCUGAAUGACUCCGCAGACCCCUUCGCCCACAGCUUGUGACUAAAAGGAGCCCUGGUGGAGCAGUAGUUAAGAGAGCUCUCUGCUAACCAAAAGGUCAGCAGUUUGAAUCCCCCAGCUGCUCCUUGGAAAUCCUAUGGGGCAGUUCUACUCUGUCCUAUAGGGUGUUAUGAGUCAGACUAAAAACCGAAGUGAUUACCCAAGGAGGCAGAGCCAACUUCCGAAAUGGGAAAAGAGACUGUGACCGAUCUCCUAACACUCUCCUGGCUAAUAAUCACACUUCUCUUUUCCACCCUGGGUUGGAAAAGAGACUGUUCAAACCACCGAGGAUCAGAUUUUGAAGAGAGACAUGCCACCAGCAUUUAUUAAAGUUGAGAAUGCUUGCACCAAGCUUGUUCAGGCAGCCCAGAUGCUUCAGGGAGACCCUUACUCAGUGCCAGCUCGAGAUUAUCUAAUCGAUGGAUCAAGAGGCAUCCUCUCUGGCACAUCAGACCUGCUCCUCACCUUUGAUGAGGCCGAGGUUCGUAAAAUUAUUAGAGUAUGCAAAGGAAUUUUGGAAUAUCUUACAGUGGCAGAAGUGGUGGAAACUAUGGAAGAUUUGGUCACUUACACAAAGAAUCUUGGACCAGGAAUGACAAAGAUGGCCAAGAUGAUUGACGAGAGACAGCAGGAGCUCACCCACCAGGAGCACCGAGUGAUGCUGGUGAACUCAAUGAACACCGUCAAAGAGUUGCUGCCAGUUCUCAUUUCAGCUAUGAAGAUUUUUGUAACAACUAAAAACUCAAAAAACCAAGGAAUAGAAGAAGCUUUGAAAAAUCGCAAUUUUACAGUAGAAAAGAUGAGUGCCGAAAUUAAUGAGAUCAUUCGUGUGUUACAACUCACUUCUUGGGAUGAAGAUGCCUGGGCCAGCAAGGACACUGAAGCCAUGAAGAGAGCAUUGGCCUCCAUAGACUCCAAACUGAACCAGGCCAAAGGUUGGCUCCGUGACCCCAGCGCCUCCCCAGGGGAUGCUGGUGAGCAGGCCAUCAGGCAGAUCUUAGAUGAGGCUGGAAAAGUCGGUGAACUCUGUGCAGGCAAAGAGCGCAGAGAGAUCCUGGGCACGUGCAAAAUGCUGGGACAGAUGACAGAUCAAGUGGCUGACCUCCGAGCCAGAGGACAAGGAACCUCACCAGUGGCCAUGCAGAAAGCCCAGCAGGUGUCUCAGGGUCUGGAUGUGCUCACGGCCAAAGUGGAGAAUGCAGCCCGUAAGCUGGAAGCCAUGACAAACUCAAAGCAGAGCAUUGCAAAGAAGAUCGAUGCUGCUCAGAAUUGGCUGGCAGAUCCAAAUGGUGGACCAGAAGGAGAAGAACAAAUUCGAGGGGCUUUGGCUGAAGCUCGGAAAAUAGCAGAAUUAUGUGAUGAUCCUAAAGAAAGAGAUGACAUUCUACGUUCCCUUGGAGAAAUAUCUGCUCUGACUUCUAAAUUAGCAGAUCUACGAAGACAGGGGAAGGGAGAUUCUCCAGAGGCCCGGGCGCUGGCCAAACAGGUGGCCACGGCCCUGCAGAACCUGCAGACCAAGACCAAUAGGGCUGUGGCCAACAGCAGACCCACCAAAGCAGCUGUCCAUCUUGAGGGCAAGAUUGAGCAAGCCCAGCGGUGGAUUGAUAAUCCCACAGUGGAUGACCGGGGAGUGGGUCAGGCUGCCAUCCGGGGGCUUGUGGCUGAAGGGCAUCGUCUGGCUAAUGUCAUGAUGGGGCCUUAUCGCCAAGAUCUUCUUGCAAAGUGUGACCGAGUGGACCAGCUGACGGCCCAGCUGGCUGACCUGGCUGCCAGAGGGGAAGGGGAGAGUCCUCAGGCAAGAACACUUGCAUCUCAGCUCCAAGACUCCUUAAAGGAUCUGAAAGCCCAGAUGCAGGAGGCCAUGACUCAGGAGGUGUCAGAUGUUUUCAGCGAUACCACAACUCCCAUCAAGCUGUUGGCAGUGGCAGCCACUGCCCCUCCUGACGCACCUAAUAGGGAAGAGGUGUUUGAUGAGAGGGCAGCUAACUUUGAAAACCAUUCAGGAAGGCUUGGUGCCACUGCAGAGAAGGCGGCUGCUGUUGGAACUGCUAAUAAAUCCACAGUGGAAGGCAUUCAGGCAUCAGUGAAGACGGCGCGAGAACUCACACCCCAGGUUGUCUCGGCUGCUCGCAUCUUACUUAGGAAUCCUGGGAAUCAAGCUGCUUAUGAACAUUUUGAGACUAUGAAGAACCAGUGGAUCGAUAAUGUUGAAAAAAUGACAGGGCUGGUGGAUGAAGCCAUCGACACCAAAUCUCUGUUGGAUGCUUCUGAAGAAGCAAUUAAAAAAGACCUGGACAAGUGUAAAGUGGCCAUGGCCAACAUUCAGCCUCAGAUGCUGGUCGCUGGGGCAACCAGCAUUGCUCGUCGGGCCAACCGGAUCCUGCUGGUGGCCAAGAGGGAAGUGGAGAACUCUGAGGAUCCCAAGUUCCGUGAGGCUGUGAAAGCUGCCUCUGAUGAAUUGAGCAAAACCAUCUCUCCAAUGGUGAUGGAUGCAAAGGCUGUGGCCGGAAACAUUUCUGACCCUGGCCUGCAAAAGAGCUUCCUGGACUCGGGAUAUCGGAUCCUGGGUGCUGUGGCCAAGGUUAGAGAAGCCUUCCAACCUCAGGAGCCUGACUUCCCGCCUCCUCCCCCAGACCUUGAACAGCUCCGCCUAACAGAUGAGCUUGCUCCUCCCAAACCACCUCUGCCUGAGGGUGAGGUCCCUCCGCCCAGGCCCCCACCACCGGAGGAGAAGGAUGAAGAGUUCCCUGAACAGAAGGCUGGGGAGGCGAUUAACCAGCCAAUGAUGAUGGCUGCCAGGCAGCUCCAUGAUGAAGCUCGCAAAUGGUCCAGCAAGGGCAAUGACAUCAUUGCAGCAGCCAAGCGCAUGGCUCUGCUGAUGGCUGAAAUGUCUCGGCUGGUAAGAGGGGGCAGUGGUACCAAGCGGGCACUCAUUCAGUGUGCCAAGGACAUCGCCAAGGCCUCAGAUGAGGUGACUCGGUUAGCCAAGGAGGUCGCCAAGCAGUGCACAGAUAAGCGGAUUAGAACCAACCUCUUACAGGUGUGUGAGCGAAUCCCAACUAUAAGCACCCAGCUCAAAAUCCUGUCCACAGUGAAGGCCACCAUGCUGGGCCGGACCAACAUCAGUGAUGAGGAGUCUGAGCAGGCCACAGAGAUGCUGGUUCACAAUGCCCAGAACCUCAUGCAGUCUGUGAAGGAGACCGUCCGAGAAGCAGAAGCAGCUUCGAUCAAAAUUCGAACAGAUGCUGGAUUUACACUACGCUGGGUUAGAAAGACUCCCUGGUAUCAGUAGAUCCUGGGCCAAACCUGGCUGGCACAGAAACCCCUACAAAACAGAAGGAAAAUUAUCUGAGUCCCAGGAACCACCCAGCGUUGCUGGGGGGUUGAAAGCCACAUCCUGGCCUGUCACAUCAGAAAGGAAUGGGGGCCUCUUCACAUUAGAAAACAUUUACUCUUUUGUCAUGGAGGACAUUUUGAAACUGUCUCCACAUAAAGCCUGUAUUCUCAAACACAGUUAUAUUUGUGCACACUGUGUCCCAGUAGGCAGACUGGGUCUCUAGCCCACGGACUUCACAUAAGCUCAGAAUCCAAGUCAGCACUAGCCAGGCACCCUUCUCUGUCCUUGUCCCUUUGGGGACAGUUCCCUGAGAGAAACCCUCUCUGCUUCUUACUUCCUGCCUCCAUUCUCCUCUAUAGGCUCCUAAGACCCAGGGCCCAGGCAAGUUAGUUAAGUCACCGUGCCUCCAAAAAUUGUUCUGGGCUUCCCAUGUUGCUGCUGACCCUGCCUGCCUUCCCUGGGCUGUGCUACUUGGGUCAUUUUUAGAAGUGAGCUUCACUACUGCAGGGGAAGGUGGCCUCUGGGGGGGUCCCAGUAUAUGGGGCCUGUAUUCAUUUUUCGCCCUUCCCAAUUUAACCCUGGUUUCCCACAGUACAAAACCAAAUUUCAUUCUAUCUGGAAGAAACCAGAGAAUCACAUGAUUCUCUCUUCAACAUGCCCCAGAGCAACGUCUGUGCUAGGGACACUUCUGCCCCACUUCCUGCCUUGGCCUGCAAGGUAGCCACUACAGGAAAACACUGUGUGUCCCGGUGCUCUUUGUGCCAGGGACAUCUCCUGCCCCACUUCCUGCCUUGGCCUGCCAAGGUGGCCAUCGUGGGAACGCACUGCGUGUCCUGGUGCUCUCUGCCACUGAAGGGGCAGGGUAGCUGGGGCGUGGCCCUGCCCAUCCUCCCAGUGGGGCCACUCCCAGGCACUCCACGCUGUCACUGCCUGCAGAGGUCUGUGCUGAGGCCUUAUCACUCAUUCUUAAGCUCUUACUGUUCUGAGCUGAAGUGCUGCAUUGAUUUUUAACCAAAUCAUGUCUUCUCUCCUGGCUUUUAUAGUCUCCCCCACAACCUUCCUAAACAAGAUUUUAAAGCUAUGUAGGUAUUUGUUCAUCUGUAACAACAAUUACAAAUGAACAAACACCUACCUUUUCAUCCUGAAAUUCAGUCCUAAGAAUUGGUGCUUGUCCCUCAAGAGUGUUUAAUGCAAAGUCUGAAAUGUCCUACGUAACGGAGAGUAGCUGCAGGCUGCAAUUCUGGCGCUGCCAGGGGUUUACAUGAUGAAUCAGUGGGAAACACUCCUCUGAAUCCCUGCUCCCCUUCAGCUAACUACAACCAAGCCCCACCACACGUGUCAUUGUUGGAGAGAGUAAAGGGCAUAAUGUUUAAUUUUCACCGCAAGUUUCCUGUUAGGCAAAGUGAGAGAGAAGGUGUUUUUUUUCUUUUUGCACUUAUCACUGCUGUCUAAGCAUUCCCCAGCACGAGAAAGGAUGUAUUUCUUCCCAAAGGCAGAACCAGAUGAGUGAAUAAGAACCUUGCCUGAACAGCCUUCCCUCCCACCCUCAAUGUGUUAGACCCCAACACUGAAUGUGUAAAACUUGUCCUAAGUGGUCUUACACACUUAAGACUUCUAUUUCCUUUUAAUGGAUGAACAUUAUUUUCAAGGUCCUCAGUAUAUCUGUAUAGUUGCUUACCUGAUAUAAAUGCAAUAUUAAUGCCUUUAAAGUAUGAAUCUAUGCCAAAGAUCACCUUUUGUUUUUCUAAAGAUGACACAGAGAAAAUAAGAGAAAUGAUGUUUGCUCUCCAAGUUCUUCCAGUGUUUCGAGUCACUGGUUUACACUUUAUGCCGGGUGUGCUUUUUCGCAAUAUCAGUGCUCAAGAUACAGUGAAGCAAAGAAAAAAAGGAAAUUAAAUCCCUGAAUGACGACUAGAGAUGUCACCCCUUAAGAAAUUACAUUUAUAAGCUAGGAUUUGUUAUAUGCAAGUAUUUUCUGCCUCUUUUGUUCUGUUUAAAACAAUAAAGUGCAUUUGUAUAAAUGAUGGGUGUGUUGUUUUCGCCAGAGCCUGUAGAUCAGGUUUCCCCCUAUUCUGAAGGGUAGCCAAGGAAACUAAUCCUCGGGAUCUGGAAUCUAAAAGCUUUUAUUUCAUCAAAAUGUUGUCUUAGAAGAACCAGAAGCCAGCAGUGGUGUCUUUGCUUAACAAGGACCUGUGUGGUAAAGAAUACCUCUGGGGACCACAUAUACCAGGAGGGGAAGUGACAAAGGCAAUAGGAAGAAAGCAGCCAGAUGAUGUGGAACCCCACCACUGUGGUCGAGAUACUGUUUUCAUCUUAGAAGAUUCUAGCUCUUGGUGAGAUGAUCACUGUCCCCUAAGAAGCUGUUAAACAUGCAGGAGUACCACAGGUCCAUUUUUUAAUAUUCCAAAGCCCAGAACAGAAAAGCAGGGUUGUCAGGGGCCACCAGGGCAGAACCGUGAGGCAGAGCUAGCUUUUUGGGACAUAGUCCCCUUCUUGCUUGAGGAACCAAUGACUAACACAGUAGGAACUCUUGGGAAUGGAGCUGGGGGAAUCACUGUUUUUCACUUGAUUUUCUAAGUCUGAAAGGGGCAGAUCUCAUGAAGGGGCAAUAUCCAGCGCUGCCAACUGCAUUCAUCACUGUUUUAACUUAUCAGGAAAGUUGCUGACAGAGAGGCAACUGAAGGGGAAAGGCCCGGGCUACUGAAGUAGCAAGGUAAUCUCUGAAAACAGCAUCCAUAACCUCAUUUUUGCCACCUGCCGCAUGCUCAACUGGUGAUGCCUUCCUGCUACGUUAAGGUUUUGCUGUUUUCUCAAACCAGCUGACUUGAACGAUAGCAAGAGCUGCAUCUUCCAAGGGUUCUGUAGCACCACUUCAGGAAUAAACCCAUCAGGUGGAUGCCCUUUGAAUAAAAUGAUGGCAACUCCCUAACGGAAAAAAUGAGGAUCCACUUCAUUUGCUCUUGGGAUAUACUCCACUCCCUUAAGAAUUUAAAAAGAGGGAUAAUAUCGAUUAAAAAAAAAAAAAAAAGAAUCUAGAUGGGGGUUAUUCUGUGAUUAGCCUGAACUCUGUCCCUGAAAAAAUAUUCCAAUGCUACUAAGUAUACAUGGACCUUUGUUAUUGGUAGGUGGUGGUGGUGGCUGGGUGGGUAAGUAGCUUUGAUCAUUUACUGCUCGAAGUCUGUGGCCAGGAGAGUGAGGCGUAGAAACAGCGUGCAUGGUAUCACCAUACUGUGCUUAGGACAGGAGCACUUGGAAGUGCUGGCAGCUAUCCUCACACCUUGAUAAGGAAUAAAAUCUGAUCAUGUUCAGCCUGCUCUGGCACUGAGCCAUCCAUGUGAGGCUGCUCAAUCAACAGUCAAGCAAAAAAAAAAAAAAAUCACCUAGUUGCUUUCAUCUUUUUUAUUGACAUUAUAGCCA